CUAGCUGUUGGUUCCACCACAGAGAACACGCAGCAAAUUAAGGAGAAAAUAGGAGGGGGAGACUGAGAGUCUGAGGCUGAGAGGGUAGCAGCAAUGGCGGACCUUGUGCUUGGGUUGGCCAAGUCGGCGGUGGAGGGGACGCUGACGAUGGCUAAAUCGGCGAUGGAGGAGGAGGCGAAGCUGAAGAAGGGCGUGCAGCGUGACCUGAUGCUUAUCUCGGAUGAGUUCGAGAUGAUGCACUCUGUCCUCAACGUCGCCAAGGACCACGUCACCGACGACGACGUGACGCGAACCUUGGUGAGGCAAGUGCGCAACAUGGCGUUAGACGUGGAGGACUGCAUCGAGUCUGGUGUCCACCUGGAAGACAAAUCCAACUGGUGGCGCCGCUUGCUACCGCCGUCCUGCGUGCCGGCUGCGCCGCCCGGGGCCGAUCUGGACGCCACCGUCGCCGACAUGGAGCUGCUCAAGGCAAGGGUUGACGCCAUGGGUCACCGGAACAUGCGCUAUAGCCGCGUCGGUGAUUCUAGCUCCAAGAAGCCUGGCAACAAGCAGACGCAGACGCAGCAGCAGGCUGUAGUGACCACUACUGCAGCAGCAGCAUCAUCUGGCGGCAUCUUUUCUAUGGUGAGGUAUGCAGCGGAGAACCUGAGCAGUCCAGUGGAUCUUGCCACGUUGAUCAACAAGAAAGAUACUACAUGCCCUCAUCAGGAGCAGGGCUCCCCUAUGUCGUCGACCGCCGCAGCCGGUGUCCUUCGAGUCAUCUCAGUGGUGGGAACAAGAAGCGAUCUGGGGAUGAUGUCCAUCAGGAAGGCGUAUGACGACCCAGAAACCUGCAGCAGCUUCAGAUGCCGUGCCUGGGUGAAACUGAUGCAUCCCUUCAAUCCUGACGAGUUCAUCCGGAGCUUGCUGGCGCAAUUCUACAAAAACUAUUGCCCACAACAAGAGGUACCAGGAGAUGUCAUGGAGCCGACGGAGGUGAUGGUGGCGGCAGAUGGUGGCGUAAUCGUUGAGGAGUUCAAGAAGCAAAUGAGCAAGCAUAAGUACCUAGUGGUCUUGGAAGAUUUGUCGUCCACCAUGGUUGACUGGGAGGCCGUCAGAGCCUACCUACCUGACAAGAACGACGGCAGCUGCAUCGUCGUGCACACGCAACAGCUUGGAAUGGCAAGCUUGUGUGUCGGACAUCCGCAUCGUGUUUCGGAGCUGGAGAAGUUCUCGGCCGAUCAUUCUGUCUAUGUCGUUUUCAAGCAGGUAUAUAUGGAGGCGGAUGGAAAUGUUGAGGAAACCGUGGUGAACAUGAAGCUGAAAACUGCACGUGAGUGGCUAAACCAACAUGAACUUAUUGGUCACGAAGAGGAUUUAUACAGCCUCUUUUGCACCCGCUUCAAUGGCCGCGUGGUAUCUAUCUGGGGGAUGUCUGGUGUUGGCAAAACAUUUCUUAUCAAGAACCUGUACUACAAGCUACUAACUGGAUGGACUGAUCACAUGUUUGGUUGGGUGGAUGUAUCCCAUCCAUUGGACUUAACCAACUUGUCACGGAGCUUGCUUCUAGAUUUGAAUCUUGGGUAUCUCCAACGCGGCAUAAUGCCAACUUUCAAAGACCCAAUUCAAGCGUGCCGCGAAUAUCUGCUGAAGCAUCCCCGCUCCUUCAUUGUUAUCGAUGGUUUGCAGUCAAUAGAAGAAUGGGACUUGAUAAAAGCUGUCUGGGACAUUGCAAAUUUAUCUCUAGCCUGCAUUGUUGUCAUUACCAAUGAAGAAAGUGUUGCCAAACACUGCGCAUCAGACAGCUACUCAGUGCUGAAUGUUCAAGGUCUCGAAAUUCACCACGCCAUGGAACUCUUCCAAGAUAAGGUCGGAGGUCGGAUAGGCGAUAUGAUUGAUGAGGAAGGAAGGCGCAACAUUGUGCGCAAGUGUGGCGGACUUCCCAAAGUAAUAUGUGCUGCAGCUGAUAUUUGCCUGUCCGGCUCAUAUAUAGGGUUGCAUGAUUCCCUCAGAAAAGAUAACCUUGUCUCUGUGCUGGAGGCAAACCCACUAUAUAUCAGAGAAAACCUAGAAGAUUUGUAUGCAUGGCUACUUUCCUACUUCCAUUCCUGCCCGGAUUUUCUGAAGCCAUGUAUCUUCUACCUGUUAAUCUUCCCUCUGAACAACACCAUCCGGCGGAGGCGUUUGGUGAGGCGUUGGAUUGCGGAGGGAUAUGCUAGAGACAAUAAAGAAAGAAUAGCAGAGGAGAACGGGGAGAUGUCCUUUUCCAGGCUCGUCAAUCUGAGCAUGAUCCAGGUUCAAGGCCAACGCAGGAGCAGCGUGAUGAUGGCUAAGUGCCAGGUCAAUGGCUUCCUACGUGAAUACAUCAUCUCACGGUCAAUGGAAGAGAACCUUGUCUUUGGACUGGAGGGCCAAUCCAAAAGGGGCUUGCAACGCACGGGACGGCACCUUGCCAUAGACGAGAGCUGGGACAGAGACAGGAAUGUGUUUGGGAGCAUCGAUUUUUCACGGCUGCGGUCUUUGACAGUGUUUGGUAGGUGGGAAUCAUUCUUCGUCUCUGACAAGAUGAGGCUUCUCCGGGUGCUAGAUUUGGAGGACGUGUCUUCAGGUGUAACAAAUGGUGACGUCGAGCUGAUGGUGAAGCUGCUGCCCCGAUUGAAGUUCCUCUCCCUGAGAAGGUGUACUGGAAUCAGUCGUUUGCCAGAUUCCCUGGGAGAUCUGAAGCAGCUCCAAACUCUGGAUAUCAGGGAAACAUCUGUCGUCAAGCUACCGAAGAGCAUCGCCAAGCUAGAGAAGCUGCAAUACAUUCGUGCUGGUAGUGAGAAUCCAUCAACGGCAGCAGCAGCUCCCAAGAGCAGGAUACAGGCUACGACUAUGGCGUCCUGGUUGUCAAAGUUGAGCAUCCACCGCCGUACUGAUGACAGCUCUCACAAUGGCGUCAAGUUGCCUAGAGGGACUGGGAUUGGGAAGCUUUUCAACUUGCACACACUGGGUGUUCUUAAUGUGAGUGCUGCAGGUGACGAGGGCAUUCUGGAGGAGCUCAAAAACCUCACCCAGCUGCACAAGCUUGGGGUGUCAGGCAUCAACAAGAACAACGGCCACAAGUUUUUUUCAGUCAUCUCAAGCCUCGCACAUCUGAAAUCCUUGUCAGUCCAGGUACAGCUCGACGAGGACAGUCGUCAGCCUAGCUGCUUGGAUGGCAUCUCCACCAAGACUAGAGAGAACCUGCAGAGCCUUAAGUUGUAUGGACUCCUACACAGGUUGCCAGUAUGGACCAAGGAGCUUCAGAAUCUCAGAAAAUUGAGUUUACAUAUGAUUGUGCUAACACAAGAGGGGAUACAUCUACUUGCAGACUCAGCGACCUCUCCUACAAAAUAG